UUUGACACAACUCAGAUACAAGGUUGUUUUUUUUAACUUUUUAACAACAACAAAAAGAUAAAAAGGGUAGUUCCGGGUCUUCUAAAAACAUUAUUAUGUGAGCCAUGUUAUCUUCAAAGGCUGAUGUAAGUGUUUUACUGAAUGGGACCCAAACAAACAAAGUCGCGGUGUACGAAGGGAUCGAAAAUAUCCUGAAACGGACAACUUUAACCUCCAAGAACUUGGAGAGUUUGAUGCAAUUCUUUAAAAAAGUACUAAGUGAUGGAAACGACGAUGAUAAAGAAGAGUUAUUAAGAAGAUGGGUGAAAUUCUCAAAAAAUUCGAAGUGGUUAUGUGUUGAAUUAAUACAAGAAAUUUGUAAUGGUGUUUGGAAUGAAAGUAUUGUUAAAGAGAUUGUAGGUUCUUUAAUUGUUUAUCAGACCUUGAAUUUGGGAGAAUGUUUUACACAAAUUAACAACGACCAGUUAUGUCGCAAGAUUAUUGAAACUCUUAUUCAAAUAUCACCAUCGAUUCCAUUAAAACCCUACUUAAAUUUUAUUCAUAUAAUUACCAUAAGGAGCAUAUUUGACACAAAGGAUGACUCAACUCAUGCUCUUCUGCGUUUAUUCGUUUUAAGGGUUAUAAAAUCAGUUGAGUUUGGCUUAGAGGCCUGUGAUGAACAAAUAAGAAAUCAUGUUCUUGACAAUUUCAAAAAUAUCUAUAUAAUGAUUAUUGAAGAUCUAAGAAAAUCAAACAAUAGGAUAUGGUAUGAUCUUUGCAUGUUCACAUUGAAAUAUUUUGGGAAAUUAAUGCAUAACGAAAUUGGGUUGUUAAAUGCUCUGUUGAGUAAUAUUGAAUAUGGAUUCAAAAGCAAAAUUGUUGAAGAUAAAAUUUUAUCUUUUGAAUGUUGGAAGGUAUUAAUUGAAGUUGCAAGUUUAGACCGCAAUUAUUUGUGUAGCAGUAAACAAUUAAGACUCUUAAUAAAACCAUUAAAAGUAAAACUAUCCCGCAACGAUUUAGUAACGCAUAAAAGGCUUGAAGUGUGGUUAUACCUCUUAACAGCUUUACAAGAAAAUUCAUUACAAUGUUUAGAGGAGUUUAUGGUUUUUUGCUUUGAAUCGGAAACAUCGAUUGUCAAGGAUGUUUGGCUACAGAGAACGGAAGUUUUUAUGAAUAUUAUCGGUCAUUGCGAGACGGGCGACUGUUGUAUUUCACCCAGAACUUUUAUGCUAAAGAAACCAUUAAUCGAUGGGCUCAAUAUUCUUAGGUACAAAAAGGCUGUUUUAAAUGCAUUAACAAUUUGCAGUGAACAUAUAUUAAUUUGGGAAGUUAAGACUGGAAGGGAAAAGAAAAUACGGUGUAUGUGGAUAUCUACUUUAAGAAUAAUUAGUGCUUUACAUAGUUUGGAUAAAGAAUUAAUUUUAAGGGAUUUAUUUGUUGUCAUGACCACUUUUUGGAAAAAAAAUAAAGAAAAUCAAGAAUAUUUCGACGAUAUUCUCCAACCAAUAUUUAAUAUUUUAUCUAAUUUAGAUUCCGAGAGUUUUGAUUAUUUAUUGCUAAAUGAAAUUAUUGUGUUUCCAAUGGCACAGCUUAUGUUAAAUACUCCAGAUAUUCCAGAAUAUAUAGCUCUUUCUUUCGUUAAUCUUCUGCGUGGUUUAAAAACAGGGAGUGUAUUGGAACACCUCAAUAGGUCGUGCGAAUUAUUAAGAUCUUAUCUCCAAAAUGGAACGCAAGUUUUAUCCGCUUAUAUUUGGCUGGAACUUGCAAACGAAAUGUUAAAUGUUUGCCGAUCGCCGAAAGACAAUCAAUUUGAGGCUUUCAAAAACAGCUUGAACUUUUUAAUGUGUUGGAUUUGCGAGUGUCAAAUACCGAAGAAUUUACAAAAAAUAAUUUGUGACAAAUGGAUGUCCAUUAUGACUGAAAUUGAUGUGAUAUGCGAGGAUUUUAAUACUGUAAUAUUGAGACAUUUUCAAAAAAUUCUUAAAGAUAAUCCGAGCUUUGCUUCUAAUAUUCUUGGAUUUAUUCCUUUCAGCAUAGAAAAAAUUAAUGAAAAAAGUAGUAUUAAUUAUGUAACCAAAGUUUUGGAUGUUGUCCUGGAAAUAUUAACAAUACCUUGUUUAAAUAAAGAUAUGGUUCCUCUUGCUUUGCCUAUAAUUUCAAAGAUCUCUGAAAGAAUUUUCAAAGAAAGUGAUCAAAACCAAUAUGAAUCAUUAAGUUUAAAGCUGUAUGAAUGCUUGGAGUAUUUUCUAAAACCUCAUCAAAUUUACGAUGUUUUAAAAUUAUUUAAACCAAUCUUACCAAAGUUAUCCCAAAGUGUAAAGAAGCGGAUACCCUUAAAGUUAUGUACAAUUAUAAAUGAUCUCACAACUCAUUCCAAUUCAGAAGUUGCUCAAAAUGCUAUCGCAUUAAUGGCGGAUCUUAACAAACAACGUUCACCAACACCUACAACUAACUUUACAACGCCAUCAGUUUCUAGUCGAACCGCAAAAAUCGCUUCAUUGGCUUCAGCAAAUCAUAAACCAUUAAAUUUAUUCGCACAAACUGUUCAAAACUCACCUGUAACCGUUAAAGGAAGCGUUAUUAACAGUAUGGGUACACCAAAAAGUGGGCGAAGUUUGAAAAUAGCCAAUGCUAUGCCCACAUUUACAAAACCAAACAGUAUCAACGACGCAAAUAGUCAAGAUUUUGUGUAUAUUGAUAGUGAGGUGAAAGUUGAUUAUUCAAAAAUGGUUUCACAUCAAAAAGAAGUUUUGAAAAGACGAAAGGAAGAUAUUCCAGCUUUAUACCAAGACUUGAGUCAAAGUCAGCAUAGUUAUGAUUCUCUUAGUCGAAGUAACGAUACUUUAAAUGUUGAAAAUAAAAAUGGAAAUGACCAAAAAAUAUCUGAAAGUCAAUCAAACGUAAUUAUUUUAAGUAAUGUUGUUUUAAGUCCCGAAAUUUUCGAAAAAAAAGUGGAUGUAUCACCUAAAUGCAGUUUUGAUAGUCUUGGACAUAGUGAAAUAAAUUAUGAAGCUAAGCCAAGUGAAUCUGAAAGCUUUUCUUCUACAACAGAUCUUUCAAAUUUAUAUAUUGAUGAAAAUAGUGUUGACGAAAGUGAAGGUAAUGAAGAUAAGCUUAUUAUACAGAAUAAAAGCAUUCAGAAAAUUAAAGGUGAUGAAAGAGUAAAACGCAAAAAGCGUGGAUAUCGACGAAGUGUUUGUAAAGUUAUAAAGAAUAAAAAAGAACAAGUUAUUAAAGAAAAACAAAUUGAUUCAGAUAAAAAUGAAAUAAGAAAAAGUAACAGAAAAUCUUUUAGUUUUGUUCUAUCAACUAUUAAAACUAGAAGUUCUUCGAGCAAAUCUAAUGAAUCCAACAUAACUAAAACACAACAUAAAAACGAAAUUGAUCAAAAUAACUCCGUAAAUGUAAAUGAAGAAAAAAGUUUAAAUUUAGAUGAAACUGUUUGUAGUAUAGAUCUUAUCGCCCAAAUUAAUAAUCAGUUUAAAGAUAAUAAAGUUGAUGAAGAAAAUGAAAAAACGAAUCAAUUAAACAUGGAUGUUGUGGAGCCAGAAAAAUUGGCUCAAUUAGAUCCUUCUGAGCAAAGAUUAAGAAGGAAACGAAGUACUCCAAAAAAGAUACUUAAUAGAGAUAAAUCUAAUAAAUUGAAAGAAAAACAUAAAAUGUAUAAAAAGAAAAUAACUCCAAUUAAAAGAGACUCUGUAAAUAUUAAUGAAGAAAAUGGUUCAAAUUUAGAUGAAACUGCUUGUAGUGUAGAUCUUAUCACCCAAAUAAAUAGUCAGCUUAAAGAUAAUGAAGAAAAUCGAAAAAAGAAAAGGAAAAGGGCAAUGAAUCAAUUAAAAAUGGAUAUUGUUGGGACUGAAAAAUUGAAUCCUUCUAAGCAAAGAUUAAGAAGGAAACGAAAUUCUCCAAGAAAGGAACUUAAAAGAGAUACACCUAAUAAAUUGAAAGAAAAACAUGAAAUUUAUAAAGACAAUAUUCAACAAAUAACUCCAAUAAAUGAUGAAAAUAACAGCGAAAAUAUCGUUGAUACAAAAGAACUGAUUGAUGAGUUGAAAAUGAACGAGGAAAAUAAGGAAUUAAAAGAUAAUCCACAAACACAAAACGAAAAUGUAAUAGAAGAUAACAAAAAUGUUGAUGACAUGAAUGAAACAAGUUCAAAUACAUCGUUAUUGAAUCAAUCGAAUGUUGUAAUUAACGAAGGACACAACGAAGAUGUUAACGCAAGUUUUGAACAUAAUUCACAAGAAAGUAAUGAUAAAGUAAAGAAGAGGGAGAAAAGAGACUCUGUAAAUGUUAGUGAAGAAAAAGGUUCAAAUUUAGAUGAAACUACUUGUAGUAUAGAUCUAAUCGCCCAAAUAAAUAAUCAGUUAAAAGAUAGUAAAGUUAACGAAGAAAAUCGAAAAACGAAAAGGGUAAUGAAUCAAUUAAAGAUGGACAUUGUUGGGAUGGAAAAAUUGGGUCAAUUGGAUCCUUCUAUGCAAAGAUUAAGAAGGAAACGAAAUACUCCAAAAAAGGAACUUAAAAGCGAUAAACCUAAUAAAUUGAAAGAAAAACAUAAAAUUUAUAAAGAAAAUAUUCAACAAAUAACUCCAAUUAAUGAUGAAAAUAACAGCGAAAAUAUCGUCGAUACAAAAGAACUCAUUGAUGAGUUGAAAAUGAAUACUGUUGUCGAGGAAAAUAAGGAAUUAAAAGAAAAUUCACAAACACAAGACGAAAAUGAAAUAGAAGACACCAAAAAUGUUGAUGACAUGAAUGAAACAAGUUCAAAUACAUCGUUAUUGAAUCAAUCGAAUGUUGUAAUUGACGAAGAACACAACCAAGAUGUUAACACAAGUUUUGAACGUAAUUCGCAAGAAAGUAAUGGUAAAGUAAAGAAGAGGGAGAAAAGAGACUCCGUAAAUGUUAAUGAAGAAGAAGGUUCAAAUUUAGAUGAAACUGCUUGUAGUAUAGAUCUUAUCACCCUAAAAAAUAAUCAGUUUAAAGAUAAUAAAGCUAAUGAACAAAAUCGAAUAACGAGAAGGGAAAUGGUAAUGAAUCAAUCACGUUCACGAAAGGGCCGAUUCAUAAAACGCGAUCAAAUAGUGAAGCGUGAUCCACCAUUGAUGCACGCCAGCGUGAACUUGUUAAAUAUGGACACGGAAAAAUUGGGUCAAUUGGAUUCUUCCGAGCAAAGAUUAAGAAGGAAACGAAAUACUCCAAAAAAGCAACUUAAAAGAAAUAUUCAACACAUAACUCCAAUUAACGAUGAAAAUAACAGCGAAAACAUCGUUGAUACAAAAGAACUAAUUGAUGAAUUGAAAAUGAAUACUGUUGCGGAGGAAAAUAAUAAAUUAAAAGAAAACCUACAAACUCAAGAUGAAAAUGAAAUAAAAGACGAUAACAAAAAUACCGAUGAGAAUCAAUCGAACAUUGUAAUUGACGAACACAACGAUGAUGUUAACACAAGUUUUAAAAAUAAUUCUCAAGAAAGUAAUGACAAAAUAAGUCAGAAGGCGAAAAGAGAAAUAUCUCGAUUGCAAAUGAAUAUAGUAGGGGCGAAUAGUUUUGUGGGAGUUACACGAAAAAGAAAUAGCAACAUGAGAAGUAGCGAUCCAUUUAAACAUCUUAUUGGUGUUAAAAAAAGAAGACAUUCCGAUACAAAUAUGAAUAAUAACGAUAAAAAGCAUAGGAAAAGUAAUACAAGUGAUUUAAAUCAUGUUGAUGGAAAUGACAAAAAAGAAAAUGAAACGGACGUCGUACUUAGCGAAUGUUUAUUAAUACAAAGUACUAAUAAAAGUAAUGAAAAUGAAAAAGAUGAAAUGGCAAAAAUUGAUGAGGAUAUCAUUGAAAAUAGUCAACCUCAAAAUGCAUCGAUGUUUCCCUUCAGUAAAUCAGGUAUAAAAUUAACCAACAGUAGUGUGAUUAAAAAUGAAUCUAAUAGUCCAGCAUACAUAACAUUUUUAUCUUUGCUACAUAACCCAAGUAAAGAUAAAAAUGCUACUGCAUGUUGUGAUACUAAUAAUUUAAUUAAUACUGAUAAAUUACAAAUACAAACCCCUCUAGAUCAACUUGCAAACGAAUCGUCGCAAAAUACUUUACUAAUUGAUUUCCCUGAUUCUCCAGAGCUUUCCAUUAGUAUUGAUUUUGUAGCUCCAAAUACAAAAAUAUCGAAGCAAGAAUUAUCUUUAAAAUCAACGAAGUUAUCCCCAAAAAGCAUCAAAAACAAAAUGGAACAAAAUACUAAUCAAUCACUAAAUGCAACGAUUAUGAACACAAACAAAGUCGAUAAAGACAAAGAUUCCAUUAAUAACGAUGUUAGAAAUGAAGAGAAAUCAACAACACCUUCUGUAUCAACUAUUGCAUUACAAAAAUGUAAUGAAUCAAAUUUAUUUGAUCAAAAUAAUUCUAUUAAUAUUGAUAAAUUAUCUCCAAGCAAAUAUAAUAAGCAAAAUAUAAUAGAAUCUAAGAAAAUACCUUCAAAUGAAUCUUUAAAAUCGCCAUUAAUAGCAAGUAUUUCAAAUAUUUUGAAACAAAUACUAAAUAAUACUCCACCCGCGGAUCUAAAUGUACCGAUUUCAAAAAAUUUGGAAUCUAUGGAAUCAAAUAAUCUUAAUGACACUUUAUCAUGUGAUCCAAAUGAAUCGAUUUCUGUUAGUAUUCAAGAAGUGUCACUACCGGUAGAACCCACAAAAAUCGAACUUAUAAAAACAACACCGAAUCCUUUAGGAAAUAUAACCUUAGAUGAUUUUCCAACGGGUUUAAAUAAAAAUGAUGAACAAAACUUGCCGGCUUCUCCCAUCCUUGAAAAUAGAAAUUCGGAACUUUUGAAUAACACCAUCGAUAUUUCUCCAAUAAGACUUGACGACGAAGGUUUGAAAGAAAAUAACGAAACUGGAAAUAAAGUUGAAUCAGAAAUUAGUAAUAAAGUUAAUAGCAAUUUAGAUAAUCCUGAAAAUUGUAAAGUCCAUUCUGAUUCUGAUUUUAAAUUUGAGUUACCCAGCGAUAUUGCCCACUUCAAAUCGGAAGUUGCAAAUAAUUUUAUGAAAGCGCCAAGUGCGAGAUCCGCAAAGUUGAUGAAUUUGUUGCCUCACCAGAGUGUUGUGAAUUUGAGAAAAUCUCCGAAAUCAGUAACGGUUGUUCGAAAACAAAGUGCAAAUGUAAGCGGAUCACCUACUUCUACAGAAAGAGUGCGAAGAAUGAUGUUGAAUUGUAAUGGAAAUAAGAAUUUGGAGGGCGAGAAAGAUAAAGUUAAAAAUGAAGAGAAGUACGAAAUUGUUCACGUUUUGGAAUUUCGAAGAAAUAUUCCUAGCCCGUUUGCAACGCCAAAUAGGAGCAUUUUAAAACGAAAAGCUAGCGAAGCUUUAGAAUGCGGGUUAUCACCAGGUCCAAAACGUAAACGAGUGAACUUUAGCGAUCCUCCAAUAACGGCAGAAAAAAUGUAUUACAAAGAUGAAGCGGAAGAUAUGAAAUCGGAAAAUGAUUCGUGUUUGUCCGAAUUGAAUCAAAGAAAAUCAACACCCAUUUACCCUCCAUUAAUAAACUGUCCAAACGAUAUAAAAGAAGUAUUAAAGCAAAUAAAUGAAGAUAGUAAUUUCUACGACAACUUUCUUUCGUUAAAAUUAAGUACGGUCGGUGAUUUGGCGAAAUUAACUUCGACUCAAGUGAAUCAAAUGGAGUUUCUGAGUAAUCCUAAAGUAUCGACGAUUAUCAGCGCUUUGAGUGCCUUCGCGGACAAGUAUAAUUCUAAAGAAAAAUUGGAGGAACAAGUUGAAAGUUCGAUGGUUCCUUCUGAAGAUCCUAGUUUACCUGUUAACGGAGAUACUGAAAAUAACGCUUUACUUGUUUCGCCUUUUGAACGGUUAAAAAGGGCGAAUACGGACAUAUCAGAUAUGUGGCAAAAUUUAAUGAACAUUUGUACUAGACAAGAGUUAAUGUUAAUAUCUGAAGGCUUGCAGGAAUAUUUGGAGACCAUCUAAAUGCGUGCGUUUUUGUAGUUUCUAUCAUACUUAUUUCCACAUGAUUUAAUUUUAAACGUUUUUUGAAAUAAUUCACGGUUUGUUGAUUUUUUCAUAUAUGUUCAUUUUUAUUUACAAUGAUCAUAUAGUCAAUAUUAACUUCCAUGAUUAAUAAAACAUGUUUACUUUGUGGUUGUCCAAUAGUUAGUACGUUUUAUGCUUUAUAAGCAAUAUAAGUAAAAUAAAAAAGUAUUUAUAAUAACAAAA